CAUCAGCAAAGGCCGUCCCGUUCAGGUCGAUCCACCAACCGCCCAUCAAAUUCAACUCAGUGCACCGGAAAGUGUUCAUUCCCGGCGUGGAAAUAAAGGUGAAAUUCGUUGAGAACGAGAGGAGCGUGACGACACACUUACUAAAUCCCAAUCUAUACACAAUCUCCCUCCAACACGGCGACUUCCAAUGGACGAUCAAGAAGCGAUACAAACACAUUUUAUAUCUACACCAGCAGCUCACGUUAUACCGGGCGUCGCUCAACAUUCCAUUUCCGACCAAAACACAUAAGUCCCGGCGAGCGAGCUUCAAGAACACGGUGGUCACUGAGGAGAAGGCGGAACGGAUAGCGCUCCAGGCAGUGCAAAGGAGUACGUCGAAGAGAAGUGAAGCUAGACCUAGGAAAAGAAGAGGCGCUUUGCCUAGGUUUCCAAAGAAACCCGAAGUAAUGAUCACAUACGAAGGCAUCCAGCUGAGAAUGAAACUGCUCGAGGAGUAUCUGUACAAUCUAUUAAAUAUAUCGAUAUACAGGAACCAUCAUGAAACUGUGACGUUUCUCGAAGCGUCAAACCUGUCGUUCGUGUCGGAGCUGGGCAGCAAAGGCAAGGAGGGCAUGAUACAGAAGCGCACCGGCUCCACCCAGCCCGGGCAGGCUGGCUGCAACUGCUUCGGACUGCUCGGGAACAUGGUCUGUGUCAGGUGUAAUUACUUCUGCACGGGCCUGGUGUGCGCCAAGUGGCAGGAGCGAUGGUUCUUCGUCAAAGACACCUUCUUCGGGUACAUUCGGCCCACAGACGGCGCCAUUAAAGCCAUCAUGCUGUUCGAUCAAGGGUUCGAAGUGUCGAGCGGUAUGUACUCAACGGGAAUGAACCAUGGACUGCAGAUACUGAAUCAGAGUCGACAGAUGGUGAUCAAGUGUUGGACCAAGCGCAAGAGCAAGGAGUGGAUGCAGUACCUCAAGACUGUUGCCAAUCAGAGCGCGCGCGACUUCACGUACCCGAACGUGCACCACUCGUUCGCGCCGGCGCGCGCGGGCUCGCUCGCGGGCGCGCUCGUGGACGGCGCCGCGCACUUCGCCGCCGUCGCCGACGCCAUGGAGCUCGCCAGGGACGAGAUCUUCAUCGCCGACUGGUGGCUCAGCCCGGAGGUCUACAUGAAGAGGCCGGCCCUCGACGGCAACUACUGGCGGCUCGAUAUGAUACUCAAGAGGAAGGCGGCACAGGGUGUGAAAAUCUUCAUAAUGCUAUACAAAGAAGUGGAGAUGGCGCUCGGUAUUAACAGCUAUUACAGCAAAAGCAGAUUGGCCAGCGAAAACAUCAAGGUUUUCCGUCAUCCAGACCACGCGAAGGCUGGCGUGUUCUUCUGGGCACACCACGAGAAGUUGGUUGUUAUCGACCAGACUGUCGCUUUUGUGGGCGGUAUCGACCUUUGUUACGGACGAUGGGAUGAUGCUAAACACAGGCUGACAGAUCUAGGCAACAUAACACAGCCGUCCACAGCAAUAAGGACUAAGAAGAAGACGUCCAGCUCCCCCGGGGGAGGGGGCUAUAUUAUCGCUAAAUCAUCUAAAGAUCUCCAGACGGAAACGGAAAACGUUCCCAAACCGGACCUCCCAGUGCUAGAACCGGGAGACCAGCUCCUAAUCGCUUCCAACCCCCAAGGAGACCAGUUAGUACUCACAGCGAACCCAGAACUCAGCAAAUACGAUACACCCGAAGUACAAAAACGGAAUGUUCUUAACAAGAUUACUGAUAGAGGAAAGGACAUUAUUAGUAUAAUAUAUCCGCCAUUCGAGGAGGAAAGGAAUGAACAGAAAUUCGACGAUUCAGAAGUUAAGAAGGCUGAGAAAUACGCUAUAUCUAACAAGCAAGUGUUACUUACUGACGCUCUAGGCUUGAACAUUAAUGCGGGUAAAGUGAGUCAGCCGACGCCAUUGGCACAAGUGGUGGAGGGGAGAGUGAUUACUGAGAGCACAAAGGAGGCAUUGGAGGGACUCGAGGGUAAUUCCAAGUUGUGGAUCGGGAAGGAUUACACUAAUUUCAUCGUUAAGGAUUUUAAUAAUUUGGAUCUGCCUUUUGUUGACCUGGUGGACCGGCACGCGACGCCGCGCAUGCCGUGGCACGACGUGGCGGUCGCGCUCACCGGCGCCGCCGCGCGGGACGUCGCCAGGCACUUCAUACAGAGGUGGAACGCCGUCAAACUAGAGAAGGCCAGACAAAAUCCGAACUAUCCAUACCUGGUUCCUAAAAGUUACUCAGACAUCAAGCCGUUAACAGAUCGAGAUAAAAUACUCACUUUAGAAAUGAACACCGUCUCGUGUCAGGUGCUUAGAAGCGCGUCGAGUUGGUCCUGUGGUUUCCUAGACCCGGACACGGUGGAGCAAAGCAUUCACGAGGCAUACGUCGACACCAUCACAAGGGCCCAGCACUACAUUUACAUCGAAAACCAGUUCUUCAUUACCUUCUCCAGGUCCAACGGCAGUGUGCGCAAUCAGAUAGGCGAGGCGCUGUACAACCGCAUCAUGCGCGCGCACCGCGGCGGCAGUGCGUUCCGCGCGUACGUGGUGCUGCCGCUGCUGCCGGGCUUCGAGGGAGAGGUCGGCGCGCCCUCCGGCACCUCGCUGCACGCCGUCACGCACUGGAACUACCAGAGCAUCUGCAGGAACCGAGACGCCAUACUCACUCGUCUCUACGAUUCAGGAGUAUCAGACCCGUCCCAGUACAUAACGUUCCACGGACUUCGAACCCAUUCCAAGCUGGAAGGAGAACCUGUCACAGAACUGAUCUACGUCCACUCCAAGCUGCUGAUAGCUGAUGAUAAGACUGUGAUAUGCGGCAGCGCGAAUUUGAACGACCGGUCUAUGUUGGGAAGCAGGGAUUCUGAGGUGGCUGUGCUUUUACAGGACGAACAUUUCACGGACGGCGUGAUGAACGGCGAGGCGUUUCCGUGCGGACGCGUCGCCGGGGCUCUGCGCAAGCGCUUGUUCCGGGAACACUUGGGACUGCUGGACGUCGAUCCGGACCAGCUGGACUACAGCAUCGACGAUCCCUGCUGUGAACACUUCUACAGAAACGUGUGGCAGGCGACGUCUGCACGGAACACACAGAUUUAUGAGGAGGUAUUCCAUCCUAUACCAACGAACGCGGUGCACACAUUCGCGGAACUGAAGAAAUAUCAAGAGGAACACAGCGAGACGUUAUGGCAUAAGGACCCUGCACUCGCCAACAGAAAGAUUGACCUCAUACAAGGAUACCUAGUAGACAUGCCCUUAGACUUCUUGUGCAAUGCGGUGCUGACGCCGAAGACCACGACCAUGGAAGGCAUGAUGCCUACGUCGUUAUGGACGUAAAUGGAAAUGUUUCCCAUCAUGGGAAAUCUUUCAUAUUGUACAUAAAUGUUCCUUCGAAAGCAAUAACUAAUGAAAAUAUAACUUAUGUGUGCAUGUGAGGCUAUGCGAGUGUUUCCUAUUAUGGGAAUUAUUUCCCAUUUAUAAAAUUUUACGUAAAUUAAGUAAAAAAAAUGUACAUUUAAGCUUUAAGUUCAAUUAUUUUUCUGAUAAUAUCUAUAUUUAUACCAAUCUAGGCAACUAAGUAAGACUAAGCAUAGAUUAGUGUUGUAUCAAUAUAUGCUUAUUAUGAAUCUGCUAUUGUAAUUAGAUAUUGUAUGUGUGAAAUGAUUUAGAUCUAUUAUGUCGCGUUAUUUCUGAGAUUAUUUUAUAAAUAUGGAGCAUUGUUAUUCUUGCCGUUUAUUUAUCAUGAGUUUAAUGAAUCUAUUUGUAUACUAUAUUUUUCUAUUUCACUUAAAUAUGUUUAAUUAUUUAUAUUGUAAAUAUAGGUUUAUUGACAUUUCUUAAUAAUUAAUUUAAAAUGAAUACGAAUUCCGUCGAUAUAUUUUACGUCCAUAUUUGAACUUUACAAUGACUUCAAUACAUGUAAGAUAAUAAUAUCGAUCAGUGGUGAAAGAAGAAAUAUUCCGAAAAGGAACCCUACACAACAUAUAAGUACUAAUAUGUAUAAAUGCGGUUUGUAAAUCGUUCUAAUGAUAAUUAUAUGUUACAUAAAUUACGAAAUAGAAGGCAGGUAUCGGAUUAUAUGGUCCUUCGCCACUGAGGGUCUACUUCGAAAUCCAUAGUUUCGGAUGCCAAAUCGCACGUUUUGUUACGGAUCCGAUGACGGAAUCGACGACGGAUCCGAUCCGUUCAUCGCAAUAUUUCGGAUAUGGAAUUUGUAAGAAAUUAGUGUUUCGCCUUCCCUUUUUAAAACCAUCUGCGAGGAUAAAAUUCCACUGCUUUCUCCAAAAAAAAAUCGUGGACUUGAUCCUACGACUGAGCUAGAGGACGGUGACGGAUCCGAAGUAAUUUAGUAGUAAAGUUAAAUCCGAAGUUCGUCGUUUCUUCGUUUUGGACCGAAGUUCCGACGUUCGCUUAUCGAAGUAGACCCUCAGAUAUCUAGUGCAAGCUAAUUUAUGACAAGUAUCUAAUAUUAAAACUAUGAUAAAACGUUAACCACAACUACAGUAAGUAAUUUACGACUGGUUUCAAUAAACGAUCCCAAUCGUAAUCUUCGAUCCUAUCCAGAUACUAAACCAAUCAAAAUAAGUUUGGAAGCAUGUUAAAAAACGGUGCGACUGCUUCGGUGGCGUUAACGCGUAGUAAUAGUAACGCGUAGUAGUAGUAAAGCGUAAGUAAGUACGUAUAUCACCGAAUGUCGCAUUUGUAAAGUGUCUACUGUACUUGUUUCUAGUGUUUUGCGUCCGUUCAUAUUAAGAUAUAAUUAAGUUAUUAUAUUACAACCAAACAAUAAAUAGCGGCAAAUAAAUUGACUGCUCAUCAAGUUGAAACAAAAGUUGUGAUUCACGAUCACUUUAGCUUUCAUAUGAAAUGCUAUGUAGCAUGAUACUGCUCCCAUCUAUAACAGACCUCCGAAAAUACAUGUCCAUUACAUUCAAUAUAGUUAGCGCCAAGAUAUACCGAUAGUAAAUACUGAAACUCCACCGAAUAAACAAUUGCAUUUAAAACAUUCCAACACUACCGCAAGGUUUGUUAAAGAUUUUUGUAGGCGUAUAAAAUUAAUGAUCUAACAAUACAUACUGUAUCCAUAGUUAAAAAACGAUAAACACCUAUUUCCCGCCACUUUGAAAUAUUUAAAACAGCGGCGUAGUUACUACCGUAUUACCCGUAUCAAUGAUACGAGUACUCUAAAUUUUGGGGAUCCUCUUAGCAUAGGCCUACAUUAAAGUAACCGGGCGCCCAAAAAUUCACACAGCCCUGAAGGACUCCCAUCAAAUUUUGAUAUGGGAUCCGCAAUAAAUUUUGAUAUAGGGCCCCCAACUGAUUUUGAUAUAAGGUCCCUCUUUGGCAACUUGUACCACUAAUUUGAAAGACCAUUUUUGUGGUAAUUAAUUUUACGUAUCCUGUACAUCCUUGAUAUUUCAUAGUUUUAUAACUUAUUCCUUAUUAAAAUAUCUUUACAUUAUUUAUCUAUUUAUGUAUAAAAUAGUUAUACCAAAACAAAGAUAAUGUGGCAAAUUUGUGUCACAUUACAUUUGUUGCACUUAAUAAUAACUUAAACGUACAGUACAAAGUCCUACGAGAUCGUAUUGCAGCACGAGCGUAUUGUAUAGCAAUAAACGUAACUUAGUAUUUAAUUUAACGUAAGCAGUAAUGUAUGAUAAUGUAUGUUUAACGCGAUGUGUAACUAACAAGCUAUUGAAGGGCGUAUGUAGGGAUAGAUGGUGUAAUCCACCAGUCACCAAGACCAAGGGCCCUCUGGACUAGAGACAUUUUGCCCCCACCAGGGUCCUUAAAUCGGUUAAGCGUAUUAUAAACACUGAGCCGAAGCCCCAUGUUUUUGCAUCUGGGUUCUUUGCUACCUACGUAACAACGGCUAUUUAAUAGUACGAAAUGAGAAGAUUAGCAAGUAGAUCAACUAUUUACUUACUAAUCUUCACACUCACUCAAGCAAUCACUUGAUCGCUUGACCACCUAAAACAUUAGGAUUUGUAUUGCCUUUCUGACCAAUUAUACCAUUUCUGUAUUAUAUACUGCCCACUGCUGAGCACGGUCUGCCUUUACUACAGUGAGGGAUUAAGUCUUUGUCCACCGGGCUAGCUUAACGUGGGUUGACAGACUUCACAUACCUUCGAAUUCCUAUGGAGAAUUCUCAUGUACAUACUCAUAUAUAAGUUUCCUCACGAUGUUUUCCUUCACUGUUAAAGCGAGCUAUAAUUGUCAAUCAAUAAAGUGAGAAGAUGUGUGUGACCGUUCCAUUCACAACUAGACUAACGACGCUUACCUCCAAUCAAGGCUUAAAUAAUUUAUGAAACUUCUACUUUACGAUAAUUUGAUACUUAGUUUAAAUACGCAUAUCCCUUCAAUAUAGCCCCUUGCAUAAUGUUGCUAAACUACAACGCGGUCCUUCCAUAUGAAAAUGAAUGAUGAAUAGAAUAAACAGAAUCGUCCCUGGGAAAUAUUUAAUUAGAAUAUAUUUUAUAUCCGCCCGGAUAGCGACCACCAUACACAAGGAGUUAAAACCCGCCAUGGUGGCCCACGUAACUGAGUCGCAUUCCGGGAUCAGCCUGUUUAUAUCCGGUUCCAAAAGGCCGACAUAAUUGUGUCGACUGCCGAGGGGUAAUCAUCUCUCAUCAGUCAACAUUCUAUGGGACCCCACUCCACUUACCACCACGUGCAGUGAGUGGGUUCACUUCGUGGUCCCCGUAUAAAUAAAAAAUUUUUUUUUUUACCAGUUGACUAAGUUAUAUGAAUAUUGUAUGAUUGUAUUGAUGUUUGAAUGUAUGUGUAAUAAAUCGUAAUGUAUCUGUGUACCUCUAUAAAGCUUUAUUGUUUUGAAUGAUCGAUGUAUAAUGGUUUUGUGUUAUGAGAAUUAAUAUAUUUGUAACGAGAA